GAGGAGCUGCCCGGUCCCACCUCGUCCGACGUCCUGUUCUACCAGCUGACCUCCGGCUCGACGGGCGUGCCAAAGGUGAUCCCCGAGACGCACGCCGCCGUGAUCCACCACAUCCGCUCCACGGCCCAGGGUUGCGCCGCCCUUCCGGGAGAGGAGACGAGCCUCAACUGGCUGCCGUUCGAUCACGUCGUGCCGAUACUCACCUACCACUUUGCGGACGCCUACCUCGGCCGCGCCGCCGUGCAGCUGCCGACGGACGAGGUGAUUGCCGACCCGCUGGCCUGGCUGCGCAGCCUGGCGGCGCACCGCGUCACCCACUCUUGGUCGCCCAACUUUGGCUUCAAGCUCGCGGCCUCCGCGCUGCGCGAGGGCGGGCUCGACGCCACCGCCGCGAGGGAGUCGCUCGGAGACCUGUCGUGCGUCCGCCGGCUGAUGAACGCGGGCGAGCAGGUGACC